AUGAGAUCACAAUUGAAUCUUCCUGAUAAAGAUGAUACUUCCGAUAUCCAAUCAGACCAAAAUAUGUACGGAGGAAUUCUCACUUAUGCCCAUUUCCCUCAUUUUAAUUGCUUUAACCCUGAAUUUUACGACGAUAAAGAAAUUGAUAUUGCUAUAGUAGGUGCACCUUUUGAUACUGGGGUGUCUUAUCGUCCUGGUGCCCGUUUCGGUCCAGAGGCAAUAAGAAGUAGUGCGCGAAGAUUAGGCGAGAUUGCAGUUGAUAAGAAGCACAAGGGGAAAAAGUACCCACUUGACCCAUAUGAUUCCACUACUCAUGAUUUUAAGAUUAUUGACUGUGGUGAUGUGGCUAUGACACCAUUUGACAAUCGAAUUGCUUUGAAUCAGUUAUAUCGAGGAAUACGGGCUAUUCAUAAGCAUAACCCUGGUAGUGCCAGUCGUGCCCACCCAAAAACUAUUACUAUGGGAGGAGAUCAUACAAUCACUCUUAUGGCUUUGAAAUCCAUUAGUGAAAGACUUGGUAAACCGGUCAAGGUUAUCCAUUUUGAUUCACAUAUCGAUACCUGGGAUCCUACCGUGUUAGGAGGUGGUGUUACAGAUUAUAUGAAGUUGAAUCAUGGGACUUUCUUACAUUAUGCUCAUGAAUUGGGGUAUAUUACUAACAAGGGAAAUUUCCAUGUUGGAAUCAGAGCCCCUUUAAUAGAUAGUUUAUAUGACUCUGAGCAUGAUUCAGAGUGUGGUUUCAGUAUUAUACGAGCUAGUGAUAUUGAUAAAGUUGGAGUUCAAGGUAUUGUCAAAACCUUAAAAGAGGCACUAGGAACAGAAGAUCCAGUUUACAUUUCUGUUGAUAUCGAUGUGUUGGAUCCUUCGACUGCACCCGGUACAGGAACAAUGGAAAUUGGUGGUUUUACUGGUAGGGAAUUAUUAAGUAUUUUGAAUGGGUUAAAGGGGAUAAAUUUGGUUGGUGCCGAUGUGGUUGAAGUUAGUCCUCCCUAUGACACAAACUCGGAAAUUACCAGUUUGGCUGCAACUUCAGUCAUAGAUUCCUUCUUACAAUUAAUGGUUAUACAAGUCAGUAACUAA